CUGUCGGCUCCCCCGGCCGCAGCCCGGGCCUCGGCCCAGCGCGAAGCGGAGGGCGCUGGGCUGGAAGGCCUGCGAGGCGGGGGCCGGGCCGCCCCGCGCAGAGGGUCCUGGGGCGGCCGGGGGCUGGCCGCGGCUGCCCGGGCUCGGUUUGCGUUUCGAGGGCGCACACCUGCCGGGCGUGCCCGGCGGGAACUAGGUAUCAGGCCCAAGACUCGUCUGCCGUCUGGCGUGUGAGCGACAGCUCCGCCCAGCGCAAGUUUUUAAGUUCUUGGGAGCCCCAGACUGAAAACCAGUUUGAUGACGACUUCGGGCGCUCUGUUUCCAAGCCUCGUCCCAGGCUCCCGUGGGUCCUCCAACAAGUAUUUGGUGGAGUUUCGGGCGGGAAAAAUGUCAUUAAAAGGAACUACCGUCACCCCAGAUAAGCGGAAAGGGCUCGUGUACAUUCAGCAGACGGAUGACUCCCUCAUCCACUUCUGCUGGAAAGACAGGACAUCUGGGAACGUGGAAGACGACCUGAUUAUCUUCCCCGACGACUGUGAGUUCAAGCGUGUGCCGCAGUGCCCCAGCGGGAGGGUCUACGUGCUCAAGUUUAAGGCGGGCUCCAAACGGCUCUUCUUUUGGAUGCAGGAGCCCAAGACGGAUCAGGAUGAGGAGCAUUGCCGGAAAGUCAACGAGUAUCUGAACAACCCCCCGAUGCCCGGAGCGCUGGGGGCGAGUGGGAGUGGAGGCCACGAGCUCUCUGCACUGGGCGGUGAGGGCGGCCUGCAGAGUCUGCUGGGGAACAUGAGCCACAGCCAGCUCAUGCAGCUCAUCGGACCCGCCGGCCUCGGAGGACUGGGUGGGCUGGGGGCCCUGACUGGGCCAGGCCUGGCCAGCUUGCUGGGGAGCGGAGGGCCUCCGGCGAGCAGCUCUUCAUCCAGUGCUGCCCUCACUCUUCCCAGCUCCCGGAGCCAGUCGGCAGCGGUCACCCCAUCCUCCACCGCCUCUUCCGCUCGCGCCACCCCAGCCCCUUCUGCUCCAGCAGCUGCCUCGGUGACCAGCCCAAGUCCCGCGCCCAGUUCAGGUAAUGGAACCAGCACCGCAGCCAGCCCAACCCAGCCCAUCCAGCUGAGCGACCUCCAGAGCAUUCUAGCCACUAUGAACGUGCCGGCCGGGCCAGGAGGUGGCCAGCAAGUUGACCUGGCCAGUGUGCUGACACCUGAGAUCAUGGCACCUAUCCUUGCCAACGCGGACGUCCAGGAGCGCCUGCUGCCCUACCUGCCCUCUGGGGAGUCGCUGCCGCAGACCGCAGAGGAGAUCCAGAACACGCUGACCUCGCCCCAGUUCCAGCAGGCUCUGGGCAUGUUCAGCGCGGCCUUGGCCUCAGGGCAGCUGGGUCCCCUCAUGUGCCAGUUUGGCCUCCCUGCGGAGGCUGUGGAGGCCGCCAACAAGGGUGAUGUGGAAGCAUUUGCCAAAGCUAUGCAGAACAGUGCCAGAUCCGAGCAGAAGGAGGGCGACGGGGAGGACAAGAAGGACGAAGAGGAAGACAUGAGCUUAGACUAAAUUAUUUGCUGUCUUUUAAGGGGUCGGGGUUCUUGGCUGUGCGAUUUCAGUAGUGGCGUUUGUGAUCUGUCACGCACCCUCACACCUCUGUUCCAACUUGCUGAGAAAUAAAAGGCUUUUCUUCUAUA